AAAAAUUAUUAUCAUACGGAGCUCACUAAGCAUUCGCACAAUAAAACUAAUCAAUCAGCCUCCAAUUCAUUCCCAAAACCUCAUGGCUUAUUUCCAAUGACGAAUACUUCAUUCAAACUUCCUGCACAUGAAAACAAUUAACGAAACUGUCCCACAAUAUUCUGCAAAUGGUUCCAUUCAAAACUCAACAAUCAGUCAAACAAACUCAUCGUAAGACUCGUGUUCCAUUUAUCGACCUUAUCACGGACCAAUCAGAAAAACUAGGCUUGAAAAAAUCCAAAUGGCCUAGUUAUCAUACCGAAGUGAAUGCAAAAGUUUUAUUUACACUUAUAUUGGUCGUCAAUACGUUGGCGUCUGGAUUUGUUAUUAGACCAUAUGAAAACAUCGAUUAUGAGGUACCGGAUGAUAUUCCUGAAAGUGAUGAAUCGUUAGACCUGGAUGAAGAGGACACGGACACAAACUACGAAGAUCUGCCCAAGACCUUGUCAACGACUGUUUCAAAAGUUACAAAUAUUACACCUUCUACCACAACCAUCGUCUAUGAUUCAGAUGAGAGCUAUGACGAUGAUUAUGUUAGUCGACCUCAACAUAUUAUGAUUAUUCACGAUCACAUUAACCACUAAUAAUAUUUAAUAUUAUUUAUGUUAUUUUAUGCACAUGUAUAUUGUAUAUCCAAAACAGAGAAUGUGUAUUUAAUUGGCACA